AAAAUAUGAACACUCCCAACAUUCAUAUACUAGCAUGUUAUUUUCCAUGGCAGCUUAAGUGGAAGAAAACAAGACAACCCAAAUCUUGUCUUGUUUGUUUCGGCUGUUUAGCUGUUUCUUUCAUCAAAAAGAUGUCUGAAUUUUCAUUGGCUUGCAAGAAGAAAAAUGAUGAAGAUCAUGAAUUGUCAAGUCUUUUGGUGUCCAAUUUUAUCCUCUUUUGCUCUUCCAUUUUCUCUCACCCUCUCUAUUUCUCUUAUUUCAUCUUCUUCUCUCCUUAUUUCGUCAAGCUUCUCUCUUUUCUUUCGCCUCUCUUCUUUACCACUACCCUUUUGGUUCUUACCUUGUUCACCCUUGACCAAUCAGAUGCCUCCAUUUGCCACCUCGAAUCCAAGCUACUAACUUCCCUACUUACUACAUACCAAACACUAGUUGAAACAUUAAGGUGUGAAGUUGAGGAUGAAAGUGAUGGGUUUGGGUGCUUGGAACCGCUCGAAGCUUAUAAGAUAGUGUUUGAAACGUCAAACCCUCUUCAAGUUUGUCUGGAUAUGGAGUCCAAAGAAGCUCCCAUUGACAAGGGUUUAGAUUCAAAACCAGCGCCCGAAACUAAUCAGGUAAAGGCUGUAGUGAAGAUCUUUGAAGAUUUCUUGCAAGAGAAGGAAAGGGUUGAAAAUUGUUGUUGGAAAAAGAGAGAUAGACAAGUGGAGUCCAAGGCCAUGUGGCAUAAAGCAGCAGUGAGUGGUGGUGAUAAUUCCCAAAGAGUGAAAGCUGACAAUACUGGUGGGUAUUAUUAUGAUUACAAUUCAGAAGCGAAGGAGUGGAAGAAGACAUUGGCAUGGAAGCUAUUAGAGGAGAGACGGUCAGACAAAGUGGAGGGAGAUGAAGGGAUGGAUUUGCUUUGGGAAACAUAUGAAAUCGAGUCCAAACUCAAAAGCAACUCAAAGAAAGGGAAGAAAGGUGGGAAUGAGGGCUAUGAUAUGGAUAGGUAUGAGUAUGAGUAUCGGUAUGGGUAUGAGGAAGAGUCUGUACCUCAGUUAUGCUGCUUACAUGCUCUUAAGUUCUCUGCUGGGAAGAUGAAUUUGGGGAUGGCCAGGUCUAAUAUUGUUAAGAUCUCUAAGGCUCUCAAAGGCUUUGGAUGGUUGCACCAUUUUGGCAACAAGCAUGGGAAGAAAGGUACCAUCUGAAUUAGAAAUUAUUAUUUACUAAUUUAUGCUUUGAUGAGAAUAGUAUGUAACUUUGUAUGGGGUUGAUGAGUGACAAAAACAAUGGCUGCAACAUCUUUGCCUAUUGUGAUGAUAAACAAAUGGUUUCCUGCUUGAUUGGUGCCAUUUCUUUUACAAA